AUGAAUCAAGUUCAACCAGGCGCACCUACUGGACCCAGCGGCCGGCGGCCAUCACAGAUUCGGUGCGAUCGUGCUCCACAAGGAUGUCCUAACUUCCUAGAGCCCGAUGAUCGAUACAUUUGCAAGCCUUGCCGUGGUGACCCAGCUGGAGCCAGUACGCUUUCACUUGCAGUGCACGUGGCCACAGUCAACGCACUCCUGCAGCAGAACGAGAGAAAUCACCAAGCACAGCUCGCCGCAGCUCGCAAUGCUAGGACUCCUCCACGCCGAAUGGAAGGAGGACGAGAUCGCUCACGCUCCCCAGAUCGUCAACGCCGUCGCCCUGACCGAGAACGGCCGCCUCUUCCCACCCACACGCCUGGUAUACAGAGGCGUGCAGGACAAGCUGCUAUUGAGAGGCGGAACCCUGCUGUCAUGGAUGAGAGGCCUUGUCCUUGGUGCCUUGGCCACUAUCACCUUGCGGGGAACGCAGACUCCCAUCGUCUGAGAGACUGCAGCUUCUACAACGCAGCGAACCAUGAUGACAGAGAGAGAUUCGUCCUCGGUACUGCACAUAGAUUGCAAAGCCAAGGAAGAGUCAGAGAAGAGAGAACUGAGGGGAUGAGAGCCAGAUUGACGAGAGCUGGCGAGCAGAGAAUCGCAGAGAAUAGGGCUGGAGAGAUGAGAGCCGGGAAGAGAGAGCUAGGGCGGGAUCUGUUCGACAAGAGGAAACUAGAGCAGAGGAGGAUGCAGAAACUCUGGCUGUGA